GUAACCAACACAUCUCAGUUUAGCUGUUGUAUAUUCAAGGGCAUUACUUUUGAAAUUGUAUUAGCUCCAAAUAACGAAUCAUGGACUAUAUAUACAUAGCUCUUAUUCAAACAUAGCAUUCAUCAACAAACACAUCAAAACAUAAAGCAAUCUUAAAUAUAUAAGCUAAUUAAGAUGGGAAGAAUGGGUUAUUCAAGCAUUGUAAUAUUUAUGGUUUUUGGAUUAUUGUUAGGUUCAGCUUAUGCUCAAUUGAAGAUGGGUUUUUAUGCUCAAAGUUGCCCUAAAGCUGAGAAGAUUAUACAGGAUUACGUGCAGAAACGAGCCCCCAUUGCGGCUGCGGCUUUACUUAGAAUGCAUUUUCAUGACUGUUUUGUCAGGGGUUGUGAUGCAUCUGUAUUAUUGAAUUCUACAUCAAAUAAUCAAGCGGAAAGAGAUGCCCAACCUAACCUGACUCUCCGAGGUUUUGACUUCAUUGAUAAAGUGAAAAGCUUAGUAGAAGCCGCAUGUCCUGGUGUUGUUUCUUGUGCAGAUAUUAUUUCUUUAGCUGCAAGGGAUUCAGUUGUUGCCAUAGGAGGGCCAACAUGGAAAGUUCCAACUGGACGAAGAGAUGGAAGAAUUUCAGUAAGGUCUGAGGCGUUGAGAAACAUCCCCAAUCCUAAUAGCAACUUUGCUACUCUUCGAUCAAAUUUUGCUAACAAGGGGCUUAACGUGAAAGAUCUUGUUUUGCUAUCUGGUGCUCACACAAUUGGUAUCUCUCAUUGUAAUCCUUCGUUUUCAAACCGUCUAUACAACUUUAGCGGUAGAGGGGAUCAAGAUCCUUCACUAGACAGUAAAUAUGCAGCUAAUUUGAAGGCAAGGAAAUGCAGAACAAUAACCGAUAACACAACAAUAUCUGAAAUGGAUCCAGGAAGUUUCAAGACUUUUGAUUUGGGUUACUACAAAAAUUUAGCUAAAAGACGAGGUCUUUUCCAAUCCGAUGCAGCUCUACUUACAGACGCUUCUUCAAAAUCAUUUGUUACUCAAUUACUUCGAGGGAGUUUAUCGAAUUUCUUUGCGGAAUUUGCCACAUCCAUGGAAAAAAUGGGUCAAAUUGGAGUUAUGACUGGAUCAACCGGGGAGAUUCGAAAGAAAUGUUCAAUUAUUAAUUAGUUUGUGCCAGAUUAGUUGUUCAUAAGUUCCCUUUAUUCUUUCCAUUUUCUCAAGUGCUGUCGUCAGAGUAAGUGUGGUUCUUCGGUUUGUCUUGUUAUUCUUUCCUUCAUGUCGGGUUUUAAAGAUCAUGUUGCCUUAUGGCUUUGGUUGAUGAAUUGAUUGAGUAUAUAAAUUUGUACUCCAAAAUGAUUGUUGUUUUAAAAUGCUUUUUAACUAUAUAAAAUUCCGUCUCAUAUUUCGA